AUUCUUGUUUUAACCUCACCGGAUACUACUUGUCGUCGACUCAAGUUGGCCCAUAGCAGAAAUGGCACACCUACUUGGAGAAACGGAUAACAGUCCUGUCACAAACUACAUACCGAACCCCCCUGUCGUAACCGUGCCGUACACAUACACUAAAAGGGGAGUGGACCCCCGAAGGUUGUGUCCGCCCUCUGCCAGCAUCCAGUACGCCCAAGUGCUCUACGACGCUCCCAAGUACCACAUGGACACCAGAUAUGAGCAGCCCAUCCCAGCAGCGCCGCCGACAGCGCCCAUAUUGUAUUCUCCGUCUCCUUACCAAUACCAAGCGCGCGGCGUAGACCCCAAGACCAUCAAGCCUCCUUCGGCCCCCAUAUUAUACAAGAAGAUUAUGUAUUAGCAAGCGAGAAGAGUGACCUCGCCUUAGCUAAGCCCCGAUGCCUGCUGAAAAUAUCACGUGAUCUGUGAUCGCAGAAGCAUUCGUUGAUUGUCAAUCGCAGUCACUGCCAUGCUACAUGGUGUUGUACCUGUAUUUAUCUAGUCCAUAUGCUACAAUAGCAAUAUAUAUAUAUUUUUUAAA